UUCACGAUUUGCACCAAUUUAAUCCCUGACUUACCAAUUGUACCAUUUCUGUCCCCGACUUUGUUAAAAUUGCACCAGGGUCGUCCCUCCUCACAUCUCCGGCCAAAUUGACUGCCGCCGGCAGUGACAUGGCACUGAGAUGCCACGCUGGCGUAGAUAACGGCGCUGAGAUGCCACGCUGGCGUAGAUAACGGCUAGCUGAGCAACGUUCUUCUCAUGCUUCCUUUUUGUGACUCGUGGAAGUGAAACGAAAACCAUGAUUGGGCGUCCGAGCCAGGGUCAGGGAAGCUCUACACGAUCGACGACGAGAACGCGGAGUCGGACCAGACCGUCGCGGGUGCCUGACCGCUGUGGAUGCGGCUGCCGGCCUGUGCUUCGUUGGUCCGGAACAAAUACCAACCCAGAUAAGCCCUUCUUCGGUUGUCCAAAUUACAAUACUAGGGAAAAAAUAUGGUGUGGAUUUUUUCUCUGGGCUGAUGAUGUAGCAGAAGAAGAGGAACAUGAAGGAAGAGUGGAUGCAACUGUAGUUGACAAUGAGCAAGUGAGAGUCAAUUUAGCCUGGAGGAUUGGAAAAUUGGAAGCUGAAGUGAGGACCCAAAAAUGUAUGAUACAAUUCUUAGGCAUAGUGGUGUUGUUCGUUGUAGUUGUUGUAUUGGUUAUGACUUUGAAGUUCUGACAAUGUUAUGUUGUAUGUAAUGUGUUCAUGGAUGAAUGAAAAUAGGAGUUGGUUUUUUAUCUUCAGUUA